AUGCCGACAAUCCUGACAGUGGAAGACGUCAACUGCAUCUGUGUGGAUUGGAAGAAGGGGGGGCUGAACCUCUACACACAGGCAGCCAACAACAUCCGAGUCGUUGGCGCCCAGGUGGCCCACAUGAUUGAAGUCUUCUGGUGUAAGAUUACCCAGCGAGGCUCCCACAACUUUGUUGCCUGCAACCAUCUCCGAUCUUACAAGUACUACAAUGACCGCAUCGUAAACCCUGAAGGCUUUACGGGAUACCCCUGCUCUGACAAGGCAGGUUUUGACUCCGGGAGGUGUUUCCCAUGUGCAGACAAUGCAUGUCACCUCGCCAAUGUCAUGGGCCACUAUGCCGACAAGCUCCCCAUCCCUAGUGGCCAGUCCAAGAUGAAGUUCUACCUAAACACCGGAGAUGCUGUGCCUUUUGCCCGGUAUCGCUACGCUGCAAAGUUAUCCAUCGACGGUAGCAGAUCCCUGCCAGGGAUAAUGAACGUAGCGCUGUAUGGAAAGCAUCUCAACACACGCCAGUAUCAGGUACACAUUGGCCUCCUGAGUCCUGGUAAAACCUACGAGCUCUUCAUCGAUGCUGAGACUGACAUUGGCGAGGUGACUCAGAUGACGUUCCUCUGGAACAACCACAUCAACCCCAUGCUUCCCAAGUUUGGUGCCAACAAGAUUGAGCUGCUGCGAGGGAAGGAUGGGAAAUCCUUUUUGUUCUGUAGAAAUGAGAUGGUGCGUGAGAAUGUGCUCCAGACCCUUAAAUCAUGUGGACCUGAGUGAAGCACAACAUGACGUCCUGUGCUUUUCAAUAAAGUUACAGCAUUUGAA